AUGGACAAAGCUCAUCCGUUCUCCAAUGAUAAAGAUGAGGGGAUUCUUGGCCCUGAAGUGUCAUACUUAAGCGCAAUUGGAGCUCUGAUGUAUCUAGCUAAUAACACAAGAACUGAUAUUGGUUUCACUGUUAGUUUAUUAGCUAGGUAUUGCAAUUCACCAACAAAGAGACAUUGGAAUGCUGGAUACUUAUUAGAUCCUCAUAACGCUAAAUCACAAAAUGGAUAUGUAUUCACAUAUGGAGGUACCGCAAUAUCUUGGAGAUCCACAAAACAGACACUGACUGCUACAUCAUCAAAACAUGCAGAAUUGAUCGCCCUUUAUGAAACAAGUAGAGAAUACGUUUGGUUAACGUCAGUAAUUGGUCAUAUUCAAGAAUAA